ACUAUUAAAAUCUGAGACAGCAAGGAUGGCGAGUAACAAAGUUCUCUUUGCGGCUUCUUUCUAUAUUUUGGUACAGAUACAAGUGGUUUUGUGCACAGAUACUCCUGUGGUCUUGACAAACCUGGGGCAGAUUGUUGGAGAUAGAGCAAAGGUGGAUACCGGUCCCAGCACAGGUAUAGUUGAUCGCUUCCUUGGGAUACCAUACGCAAAACCCCCAGUUGGGACUCUUCGAUUUGCCAAUCCCGAGCGUCAUCCUGGAUGGGGAGAAAGCAUUCGACAAGUGAAACAAUUCGGUCCUCACUGCCUGCAGCAAAACAGCUCUAUUAACCUCUACAUCAACCUAGGUCGAACAAUCACCAACCUCACACGGGCCGAAGAUUGUCUGUUUUUGAACGUGUUCGUGCCACGUGGUGUUGACCUUCUACGUGAAAAGGGCGUUCGUCUGGCAAUUCUUGUCCAUUUUCAUGCCGGCACGUUCGUGGCAGGAACAGGUGCGACUUUUAAUGGAGAUAUCCUUGCCCUGGAGUCUGAUGUCGUCCUCGUCACUUUUAACUACAGACUGGGCUUUCUGGGGUUCUUCAGCACGGGGACUGACGAGGCUAGAGGAAAUUACGGCCUGUAUGACCAACACUGGGCUAUUAAAUGGGUUCGGGAGAAUGCUGAGGCGUUUGGCGGAGACCCUGAUCGCAUUACUCUUAUUGGUGAUGCAGCAGGAGGAGCUUUGGUGGACUAUCAGAUGAUCUCUCCUCUAAAUCGUGGUUUGAUACAGGGAGGGAUAUCAAUGAGUGGGUCGAGCUUAACGCCUGGGUAUCUGGCCGAAUCUUUGAACGUCAGUUUGGAGUUUUCAAAACUGGCCGGAUGUGAUAUGCCUGAACCAAGUGAAAGACUCCGCUGUUUACGCAAUAAGGACGCUCAGGAAUUGGCGGAGAUAAGGAAGGAAGGGUUGCCUGGAGGACUCGACUGGCGACCAAGUAUUGAUGGAGUUUUGGUACCAAGACACCCACGAGAGCUACUGGGAGAAAACGUGACAUCCGGGCUUCGAUAUAUGGUAGGUAGUUCCUCCCAUGACGGCAGCUUCUUGACAUAUUCUUUAAUAGGGGAUCCCCCUACUGUGUCCCAGCAACGCUUGAAUCUCGAAACUUUUGCAUCAAUGCUCUAUCAGUUCAAGGUGAAAAGCGCGGGAAGGGCUGUUGCUAGGUCCUUGUUUCACGAAUACGGCCUUAUCCAAGACCCCAUGGAUCCUUUGGAUAUUUUGACUCAGAAAGUGCAGCAAAACACUGACAUUUUCUUCGGCAUGCCAGCAGAGGAGUCGGCGAGGUUGAACGCAGCGGCAGGUGCCACAACGUAUAAAUACACAUUAUCUGUCCGACUUGGCUAUCCAUCUUCUUACUUACCUAAGGCUGAUUUUGUACAAGCUGAACAAUUUGAUACCCGCAUUCUGUAUUUUGGUGUUUUUGAACAGCACCCGGAUGUAUAUAAUUUGACAGCUGAGGAAUUGGAACUUGGAAGAACCAUCAGGCGGUAUAUAGCUAACUUUGUAAAAAAUGGUGACCCAAAUGUUGGUGACACAGUCAGCGUCCAGUGGCCGCAAUAUACAGCGUCUUCCAGACAAUUCAUCAACCUGGACACGCCCACCACCGUGGAAACAUUCGAUAGAGAGCGCCAGUAUCUGUUUGCCACCGAGGUUCUUCCGGCUAUAGUGGCCGUGGGUCAAGAGGCUGACAGGGUGGCCGCACGUCCAUGUCAACCCGAACCUUGAUCUAAGGCAAUCUGGAGAAGAUAUUGGACACCCAGGGUCCUCAGGCGUCGGCAUUUCAACUGGUUGAUGAGGCGCGACUAGUGAUUUCCAAGCAAACA